GGUCAGCUAACUGCCUUCUAUGGAAACACCCUGGAACCGUACAUGACGACGCCGGUGAGCCCCACGAACAAUCCUGGGCCGCCCGAGGCCAUGCCCGCAGAACCUUGUGAAUUGCGCCAGAUCAUACCGUCUCCACGCAUAGAUGAACAUGUGGUCUACGUCCUCGGACAUGAUGCACUUUAUGUCUACUCGAAGUAUGGAAAACAGCUGGGGUUUGCAACAGAUCCAUCGAUGCAAGCCAUGGAAUGCAUGGCGGCCUGCUCCUCCACCAGUACAGGCCUGGGUGGGCUCACCGAAGACGACCUCGGCGACUUUGAUCGCUUCUAUUGCGGUGGUCUUCAGAGCCAGAUCCUGGAACUGGAUGGGCGCGGCCAGUGGGGUCAGGUGACUCGUAGCAUAAACGUCGGCGAUGCCGGCUGCGUCAUCCUCGAACCCUUUGCUCUUGGACUCUGCGCUGCCAACACCUGUGGACAGGUAAAAAUUAUCGAUCCGCGUUCUGCCCUCGGUGUAGUCCGCCAGAUAGAUGCGCACACUGGCGAGAUAUCCGACAUGUCGGUGAUGAACCAUGGUUAUACACUGGUCACUUGUGGCUGGUCCCGAAUGGCCGACUCUUCCCUUCGUAUGGACCGUCUUGCGAACGUAAGUUCCUCCUCUUCCCCACAUCCCUCUCUCUCUUCUGUAAUGACAAGCUCUUUUUGA